UUCACACCAAACCUAGUUUCUAGUCGAUGUCCUCAAACCACACAUUUGUGGUAUUCUCCGCAAUCUCAAUCUAUAUUUUCCCUUCACCUCUUAUAUUACAUUUCCCAUUUGCCAAAACUCAAAACUAACACAAACUUACAAACCCUAAUAUGAUCUCCUCCCAAGCAACUCCAAUGGGUUCUCUCCCAUCUCCCCCAAGACCUUCAACUCCACCACCCUCUUCACCAAACCCUAAUUCUCUAUCCAAUUUUAGGGUUUGUGCCACGUUUUGCUACAGAGAGCCCGCUCCAAACCUAAACAUUUCUAAUUGGAUAGAAUGCUAUGAUCCGUCGACCAACAAGUGGACGCACGCCAGCUCCAUCCCAGGCCUCACAGAGAAUCACGUUCUCAAGGGUUUUGCCAUGGUGUCUUUACGUGACUCGGUAUACAUAAUUGGCGGUAGGGUUUGUAACAAGGAGAGAGCUCACACGUCGGACGAGUCCAGCGAGCUUGUCGACAUGGACAUUGAAGUCUCCUCGUCGGUCUUGCGCUACAAUGUCGGGUCAAACCAGUGGUCCACGUGCGCGCCACUUGGCAUCCGCCGGUGCGACUUCGCGUGCACGGUCUCCGAUAACAAGAUCUACGUGGCGGGUGGAAAGACCACGCUAGCGCCCGCGAGGGGCAUCCCGUUCGCCGAGGUGUACGAUGCGGACCUCGACGGGUGGACUCCGCUGCCGGACAUGAGCACGUUGAGGUACAAGUGCGUUGGGGUGACGUGGAUGGGCAAGAUCCACGUGGUUGGGGGUUUCGCAGAGAGGGUUGACUCGGACGUGCCGGCCAUCAUGGUGCGCAGCUCCGCCGAGGUGUACGACCCGCGAGUAGGGAAGUGGGACCUCAUCGUGGGGAUGUGGCAGCUGGACGUACCACCUAAUCAAAUCCUGGCCGUCGAUGGACGGCUUUUCAGCUCGGGCGAUUGCUACAAGCAAUGGAAAGGCCACAUAGAAUCCUACGACGGCAAACUCAACAUAUGGAAUGAAGUUGAAGGGUCCCACCAGCAAUGCCCCACUGCAUUGGGCACUCACGAUCAAAACUGGGCACUGAGCCAAAGGCGUUACCUAACAAUGGCACCCAUUGGAGUGGAUUUAUACUUCUUGGCAGGGUAUGGGAUGGAGAGGGAAUUAUCAAGAACAAUGUCGAUCGUUCAUAAAUUCGAUACUGCUGCAACCAACGAUGCAUGGACGAGCAUGGAGCCGAUGGAGGAAGACGGAGAGAAAGAGCUCUGUGGACAUUGCUGUGUUGUUCAACUCUCAUGAAGCUUGCCCUUUGCUUGCAGAAAAAGAAAGAAGAAAAAGAACAUAUUUGGUACCUGCUUAAUUAAUUGGUUAAUUUAUUAGUAAGUAAUGAUAUUAUUAUGAUCAAAUUAUAUUAUUAAUAUUAUUGUAUAAGGUUUUGCUGACUGAUCUAUAAGUUUUCUCCGUAGCUGUGGACUUUAUAGAGCACUCCUGAUGAUUUUGCAUACCUUGUGACAAAAUAAGAAGAAGAAAAAUCUUUGUAAAAUCUGUUUCCUAUACUAGUUAU